UUUUGACAGUUGUUUGACAUUCGACACUCGUCUAAAAAACAAGUCAUUUUCCCCGUCAUAUUCAGUCCCCGAUUCAUUGUUGAGCGGUGCAAGUGUUUUUUCUUAUACUUUGGUUUAUAAAUUUUUCUGCAAAAUUCUAAUCAUGGAGUCCAUCGCCACCGAUUCUGGCAAAAUUGUGAAGAUGGAAGUCGAUUAUACGUCGACUUGCGACGAGAAAAUUCCCGAGUGUAAAAAACUCGCCAGGUCCGGUAGACUACAUGAUGCAAUUGAUUGCUUACUCGCAUUUGAGAAACUUACAAGAACAGGGGCUGAUAUGGUCUCCACAGGUCGUGUUCUUGUUGCAAUCUGCCAAAUAUGCAGAGAAGCAAAUAAUUGGCCUGCACUUAAUGAACACAUCUCUUUGCUGUCAAAAAGAAGGUCACAGCUCAAGCAGGCUGUGGUGAAAAUGGUCCAAGAGUGCUGUUCCUAUGUGGAUCAAACCCCAAAUCAAGACAUUCAAAUUAAGCUCAUUGAUACUUUGAGGCAGGUGACUGAAGGCAAAAUUUACGUGGAGGUCGAGCGUGCAAGAUUGACGCAUAAGCUCGCAAAGCUUCGUGAAAACGCAGGCAAAAUCAACGAGGCGGCGAAUAUCAUUCAGGAAUUGCAAGUGGAGACGUACGGCUCAAUGGAGAAACGCGAGAAAAUCGAAUUGAUCCUGGAGCAGAUGCGAUUGUGUCUCGCGAAGCAAGAUUAUAUCCGCACGCAGAUUAUUUCGAAGAAGAUCAACACCAAAUUCUUCGAGGACGAAGCCGCGCAGGAUUUGAAGCUGAAGUACUACAGGUUAAUGAUGGAGCUCGAUCAGCACGAGGGUUCGUACUUGGCGACGUGCAAGCAUUACCGUGCUGUGCUGAACACUGCUUCGAUUCAGGCGGUGCCAGCUGACAGACAUGCCGCAGCGCAGGCUGUCGUCUUGUAUCUUAUUCUCGCGCCCCACGACAACGAGCAGUCUGAUUUGAUGCAUCGCGUUCUCGCGAAUGAUAAGAUCCUAGACGAGAUCCCGCUGUUCAAGUCGUUGCUCAGACUGUUCACCACACCGGAACUUAUUAAGUGGAAUGGUCUAUGCGAGACCUACCAGCAGGAGUUGAAGAGUACUCCCGUUUUCGGCAAUGAUGAACAAUCGCGCAAGAGAUGGAAGGAUCUCAGGAAUCGUUGUGUUGAGCAUAAUAUUCGUGUAAUGGCCAAGUAUUACACACGGCUGCGCAUCGCCCGAAUGGCAGAGCUCUUGGACCUCACCACCGCUGAGACCGAGGACUUUCUCUCACAGAUGGUUGUCUCGAAGUCCGUGCGGGCGAAGAGCGAUCGGCUUUCUGGUGUAAUCCACUUCCAGCAGUCAAAGGACCCCAGCGACAUCCUCAACGACUGGUCGCGCGAUCUUACUUCAAUGAUGUCGCUCGUCAACAAGACGACGCACUUGAUCAACAAGGAGGAGUGCAUUCACAAGCACCUGGCGUCCGUGUCGUUUCAACGGGACCUAGACAUUAGAUAUCUCACGACUGUUAUCAUUGACCAGGAGCAAAUUUAAGUGCAACUUGCGUCGCAUCCGGUUACGCCGGCAUUUUGAUUACUGCUUAUGUACGCCCUUUAAAAUUAAGAUGUAAUAAUGUCAUGAAAACUAUUGAUGUAACUGAGCAAAUAAAAAUUUUCGUGGUACACUAAAA